AUGGAGGAAGGUGCGAAGUUAGUGGAGAAAGUUGUGAUUGUAGCAGAGAAGAGCACAAAUCGAAGGCGAAUUUUCUUAUCAAAUUUAGACUUGUCUCUUGUUGCAUAUCAAGAAUCUGUUUCAUUUUAUGAUCCUCCAGAAAACAAAAUCAGCUUCUCUGAAUCUUGCAAUAGCCUAUACCGUGCACUCCGUUCUUUGCUAGUGCCUUAUGACUUUUUUGCUGGACGGCUGGUGCCAGCUUUGGAAGAUGACCGUCGGUUGGAGAUUGACUGUAAUGGUGCUGGUGUUGUUGUCGCUGCAGCCAGAACUGAGACCAGUUUCAGCCAAUUUGGUGGCACACUUUUUGCACCCAAACCAAAGUUUAAACAGUUGGUUGCUUUCUUGCACGAAGAAGGUGAGGAUGAAAUGGAACUCAAAGACAAGCCCCUUCUUUAUAUGCAGUUAACACAGUUUGGAUGCGGAAGUUUAGCAUUAGCCUCCCGGUUCAAUCACUGUGUCCUGGAUGGGGCUGCUGCCCGGGAUUUUGAGAAAAACUUGGCUGCAUUUACUCGAGGCGAUGAUUUGGUCGUAGUUCCAAACCCUGAUAGAACAAUCUUCAAAGCAAGAAACCCGCCAAGAAUCAAUUAUCCACACCACGAGUACUCCAACCCCCGUGAAACUACGGACAACUGUUUCUCAGUUGGUGGCACAAGUUGCACCAAUGUCGUGCACUCUACUCCACACAGUAACACUCAUUUGAUCUACGUUCCCCCUCAACGCAUUGCCAGCCUGAAAACGGCAGCCCUUAAGGGUGGAAAAUUGAAAACCUGCACUACUUUUCAAGCUAUGGCUGCAAAGGUAUGGAAGGCGAGGAGCAUCGCAACAAAGAUGCAUGAUGAGAUAAGUAGUACAAUGUUGUUUCCAAUUGAUGUGAGAAAAAUUGUGGUGCCACCAGCCCCAAUUGGAUUUGCUGGGAAUGCUUUGGUUCCUGGAUUUGCACGAGCAAGUGUGAGAGAACUCAAGGACAAAGAGUAUUCUUACCUUGUAAGGAAAGUGCAAGAAGGGGUAGAGAUAUUCGAUGAUGAGUACGUGAGGUCUGGGAUAGAUUGGUUAGAGGUUCACAGAGGGACGCCUUGCAUGGAGAACAGCUUCUCAUUAGUAGCAUGGUUUAGGCUGGGGCUACAGGAAGAUGUAUUUUCAUGGGGGAAACUGAAAUAUGCUACUCCGGUUGAGUUAAAGCCUGGUUUGGUCUUUCUGUUGCCUGGACUAGAAGGUGAUGGAGGCCUUAAUAUUUGCCUGGACCUGCCUGGUGAUCAAGUGGACGAGUUUCACAGAUUAUUGAUGGAAUAG